AUGUCGGUGGACGGCGGGGAGAAGAGAGCGGACCGCGAGACAGAGCCAAACGCAUUGUCACCGCCAUCCCAACUUAUUCAAGGUACAGUAGAGGAUGAGUUCCCAGAAAACGGGUGGAGGGCCUGGUCGCAGGUCGUGGCCUCGUUCGCUCUCUACUUCAAUCACUUAGGGCUUCUUAACAGCUUCGGCGUGUUCCAAACAUACUAUGAAACUACUUUACUGUCGGACACAUCGCCCUCGACAAUCUCCUGGAUCGGCUCCGUACAGAUCUUUUGUUUGAUGGCGAUCGGCGUCAUCAUCGGGCCCCUGUACGAUGCAGGUUACUGUCGGACCCUUAUCAUUGUUGGCACUCUCCUGGUCACUGCUGGUUUCAUGCUGACGAGCAUCGGCACUCAAUAUUGGCACCUUUUACUAUCCCAGGGCUUCUGCAUCGGACUUGGCACCUGUUGUCUGUCCAUCCCUUCCAUUGCCAUUGUGCCCAUGUAUUUUAAGAAGCGCAGAGCGCGGGCUAUGGCGAUAGCUACGGUGGGUAGCGGGCUCGGGUCGACACUCUACCCUCUCAUCUUCCAGGAGCUGCUGUCGAAGGUCGGGUUUGGAUGGGCUGUAAGAAUUAUGGGAUUCAUUGCAUUUUCCAUGUGCCUUAUCUCCCUCUGCCUCAUCCGACCACUUAUAGACGCAAAGAAGUCCAAAAUGAGGCAAGCGGGUUUCUCUCUUUGGUGGUUCGUUGACGUCACGGCCUUCCGGGACAAAGAGUUCCUCGUCUACAGCGUCGGCAUCUUCUUCAACAAUCUGUCUUUCUUCCAACCGACGUACUACAUUCAAAGCUACGCCUUAAGUCACGGGAUGCAAGGCACAAACCUGGCCCACUAUCUCCUCGCUAUACUAAACGCCUCCUCGAUCCCGGGUCGUGUGAUGCCCUCGUUCGCCGCAGACAAGUUUGGAGUGCUUGAGACGUUCAUUAUCAUCUGUGCCUUGAGUAGCACGAGUGUCUUUUACUGGAUCAGCGUUACAAAUGUGGCGGGAAACAUCUCAUUCGCCGUCCUAUAUGGUUUUUUCUCUGGAGGCGUCGUAGCCCUCGGAGCAGUGGUCCUCACGGCUAUUACGACGGAUAUGAGCCGUCUUGGCACCCGCCUUGGGAUGGUGUCACUUCUGAAAGGCACCGGAUCUCUGAUUGGCCCGCCCAUAGCCGGUGCCAUUCUCGAUGCCACCGAUAAUUAUCUCGGAGUACAGUUAUUUUCAGCAUUCGGCAUCCUUUUGACGGCUCUCUUUACAGUUGUACUGCAUUUGAUGGUCGUUGCCCGAAAGUCACUCAGCGGCGACGUUUAA